AUGCUUCCCAAAAUCUCCAAGACCUUCAUUAUUCCAGCGGUACUCGCAUUCAGCGCCUACGCCGCCACCACCUUCAGCCAGGUCUACUAUGGCGCGGCUCGGUUGUACGCGUACCAGCACUUCGUAGGGAACGGGUAUAUCGCAAACAUUGUGGAAGACUGCAACGUCAAAGAAGGAGACACGAAGCUCAAGUACAUUCAGUGUGCCGCAGACGCCCUGACGUACAUGCUCGGAGCGGCGGUGGCCAUCGGGGCGACGACAUCACGGGCAGGCACGGUAGCCGAAUACAUCGCGAACCAGGGACAGACACUUUGGGCACGCGAUGAGAACGACGUGCCGCCAAUGUGGAACUGGACCGCCAUUGUCGACAACGAGGACAACUUCUACGGUUUCCUGGGUACCCAUCUCCCCGGCGAUACUAUUCUCACGGGAGGCAAUCUCACGCAUUUCGGGCUGGAGGGUAAUGCUGCCGUCGCCAAGCAUCAUGAGGGCCAUAUCUACGUGCAUGCCAACAACGUCACCCAUGGCGUGGUUGGUAAGUACCGCUUGUCUGAGCAGGAUGGCACCACCAAGCGGACUACCUAUACCUGGGACUUUGGCAAUAUGGCUGGAGUGAAGUACUCGUACGAUAAUGUGUGCGGUAAUUACAAGAGUCAGUAUGACCAGGCGUGGAUGCAUGGACUUUACGAGCUCUCAUACAACUUUAUGAGCUGGGCUUAUAAUAGCGAACCGGCUGAUAGCUACGCUGAUAUUCUUUAUGAUGAGGCUGAUGCGGAUUCACCGUUUGUCAGAGGGUAUAUGAUCGCUGAGACGAGUGGUUUUGGUACAAACUAUGAGGAAAAGCCCCAGCCCUCAGGGUAUGUGCCAUGCUUGAUUGUUCUGGGUUUGUAUCGGGUUUGGUGUGAACAACUAAUAUUUCAUAAAUGA